UUUCCGACGACAGCGCACAUCCUGAUAUGUGAAAUCCUCGCGCUGCCCUCAAACCAUUAUCAAAACACCAAGACGUCUCGUGUGCUUUAUAUCGCUUCCUGGUUUCGUUCAGGUACCCGCAACGACUGGCAUGGAACCAGAGUAGUGGACGCAAUUGCUAAUUUGCCACCGGUGAGUGACCUUGGUCGACACAUGAUCACAACAAGGAAAAGCUAUGAGGAGCAGUGAUCCGGAAAGCACGAAAACAGCGGAAAGUGAUUUGUUGAGCCACCACAUUCAGCAGGCAUACUGUAAAAAUCGUCCCCAGUAUCGUCAGUCCCGAAAACUUACAGCUGUAAAGGCUUAUUCUGUGGCAAACGAGUCCCGGCAUUUGCUAGUGUUUGGUGUUCCUCAGAUCGACCUGACCCGAGAAUUGCGAAACGAGCUAAGCCGAUACGGAACAGUACAGCAGGUGCAGAAUGUUACCGAAGCCCUAAAGAAAACCGGAAGUGUCAAAAUUGAAGCAUUUACCGACGUGUUUCAUGUGAAGUUUGAAAAACUUGAACGCGCUCGAAGGGCCAAAAAGCUGUUGGACGCCCGCAAUUUCUACGGCGGUAUCUUGCACGUGUCGUACGCUCCGGAACGGGAAACAGUUACCGAGCUACGGGAAAAACUUUUCAAACGACGAAAAGAGGUAGAAUUCAGACUCCGCGUUAAUACACCCAAGCGUGAUCACAAAGCGACCGACCCUGACGGUAGUAGUGCUUCUUCGAGUGGCGUCGUCCCAAACAAACGGUUCAAGUCCACAAACUUUCCGUGA